AUGAAAAUCAAUGAAAAGAAUCUUUGUGCUUUCGCAUCAUCAGCAACUCCAGUCGAUCGGGAGGGUUGGCUUGACAUGCGAUGUGAAGUAGGCAAAAGCUAUCAACGACGGUGGUUUACACUAAAAGGCAAUCUUCUUUUUUAUUUCGACAAGAAAGCUGACAAAGAGCCUGUGGGAGUAAUUAUUCUUGAGGGAUGCACUAUAGAGCUGACAGAAGAAGAAUCAUACAGCUUCAAAAUAGUGUUUCAAUGUGAGGGUGGUCGCACAUACUAUUUAUGUACAAAUUCACAAGCUUCAAUGGAAGCAUGGAUGAAAGCUUUAGCUUGUGCUAGUUAUGAUUAUAUGAAGCUUAUGGUGGCUGAGCUGCAGAGGCAGUUGGAUGAAGUGCAAGCUGAGGAAGCAGCCGAAGCUGCCGCGCUAGUGGCGAUCCCUGGACCUGAAAAUGAACCAAAAGUACCUCCCCGUGGACAACGGUACAACCCAUUCAACCGUAUUCCUGAUGGGGAAGGCCAGGGUAAUGCAGUUCCUGGAAGUAGACGUCACAAGGAAAAUGUUCGCGCCGAGUUGCCCCGUAAAAAGGUUCCGUUCCGCGACAUCCACACGGCGCACGGACGCAAGAUCCUCGCACACCGCAGCGAGUGGCGCGCGCGGCUUCGAACCCGACACCGCGAGCCCGAAGCGCCGCUCAUACAGCUUUGA